AUGACAGGCAGCUUUAAACUCAACAGUGAGGUGGAGUCCGCUCCUGAAGCUUCUCUCCUACUGGAGGGAGAAAACACUGACGAUAAACCAAAACAAUCUGCAGCAAGAACCAGAACAAUCCCGAACACCAACAGGUCCAAACUGAAUACUCGCAUUCAGGAUAGUGAAGCGAAACCCCAGAGCUUCCAGAUUGCCAUUAAUAUCACAGAGGCCAGACAGCUUGUGGGGGAAAACAUUGACCCGAGCAUAGUGAUAGAGAUUGGUGAUGAGAAGAAACAGACAUCAGUCAAGGAAGGAACCAAUGCUCCUUUUUACAAUGAGUAUUUCGUGUUUGACUUUUUUGCCCUCAAAGAUGUCUUCUUCGACAAAGUGAUCAAGCUGACGGUUUUACACUCUAAAAUGCUGAGGAGUUUCUCUGUCGGAUCCUUUAAGUUAGAUGUGUGGACAGUCUACAAACAGCCAGUGCAGGAGGUGAUCCAGGCGUCCAUGGGAUAUUCUCCUCUUGAAAUGAACAUCUUUGAGCCAGUCCAAGGGCUGCUCGAAUCAGAGAUAUCAGUAUAUCCAAAAGCUUAA